AAAAAAAAAAAAAAAAGAAAAAUGACCACUGGACUGAAAACGAUGGAAUUUCUACGACUAGGCCGACGAGUUCGUCGACGCCUAAAUGCCCGAAAUGGUGAGCAACCGAAACGCAAUAUCAUUUUCUAUUUAGUGUACAUUGCAAUAUUAUCAAACGAUUUGCGAUAACAGUAUGAAACGUGAGUCUGUUUAACCAAUCGCUAAGUCCUUCCACACGUGAUAUUGUUUGUAUCGUACGAUUGUCACGUUCGCAUGCAAUCUUAAAUGCGUCGUAAUUAAACUUAAACGGAAGUAUGAGUGAAAACAAAGUAAUAAUAGUUAAAAUAGCACGAAGAAAUGUUUCUACAAGUUUUUAUGAGUUAUUAGAUGAUUUGGAUAUUUUAGUGCAGGUAUGUAAAUAUAAGUGCAGGUAUGUAAAUAUAAGUUCAAUAUCGGAUGGAAAAUGUUAACUGAAUUAUAAAUAAUUAUUUAGUUAUUUAGUAAUUAUCUAGUAAUUAUUUAGUACUUAUUUAGUUAUUUUUUUCCUUUGUUUAAGUUAGAGAAAGAGAGGAAGAUUUAAAUUACUCAUAUACAUUAUAUAUAUUGAACGUUUUAGUUCUAAAAGGAAUCGCCGAAGUAUGUAUAUAUAUAUAUAUAUAUAUUCUUAGAAGUAUGUAAAAUGAAGUAAAACGAAAGUAUACAGAGUGGCCUUCAAUAACAGUCGAAUGUUGCAACAUAAAUGUUAAAACCAGAAAUCCAGAGAAAGUAUAAUUACACUUACUUAAAGCAAAACAUGAUUUGGGUAAACUACUUUUUCCGCUUAAAGAUAUUUCGUAAUUUAAACGUUAUAACUUGUUAUACAAUUUGUUUAAAAAUGAUAACAAAAUUCUAUUAUUAUUAUUAUUCAAAUUAUUUCAAGUGUCACUUGUUUAUCGUUUAAUAUGAUCUAAUAUGUGACCUGUUUCGAUAUUUUCAAAAUUAAUUUACGCGUCAUUUGUUUAAACUUCAACUUUAAUAUAUCAAAUGCAGUGUUUACUACAGUUUUUAAUAAUGUUUAUUAAAAAAUUGUUAUUCGUGAUUGCAUUAAUAACUUAUGAAAAAUGAAAUACAAUGUGGUCCAUUAUUUGGACCUCCAAUUCGUGCCAUUAAAAGUACCCUAAACAGCGAUAAUUAUGUAAUGUUCGUUCAUUUAUCGAUGUAUAACAAGUACGAUUUAUAAGAAACCUUCAGUUGUCGUAAAUCGUGAUAAAACGACGAGUUAUACCAUUUUGUAAUUUUUCUGCAAGAGGACAAUGGAAGCGAACAAUAAUUUACUAGCAAAACCGUCAGAUUAUAGAAGCAUUUCAAGGCAUUUAUUACUCGCGUUUCGUUCGUCGCAUAUGCGUAAUGAACGUAAAUAUAUUGCGCAUAGAGGAAAUAUAUUGGCCUUAUCUCAUGCAUGAUUACAUAAAAAAAAAAAAAAAAAAGAAAAAGAAACUACUGAAAUCAUUUCUGUGCCGAGAAAGAUGAAAUUAGAAACGGAAACCAGAAUCGUACUGAUUUGCAUGUAAAUGUCGCGAUCGGACUGUAUUCAUCUUUAUGUGCAAAUUUUAAUUUCAGAUUCGAAACUUUUCAAUUCGUACUUUUAAUUCUUGCAUGUGUAUUGUAUCUUCUUUGGACAAAAGAACCAAAUUUUUUUCUAAUUUAUCUUCUCUAACUUGGUUUCUUAUAUGAGUGCGAAGGGAAAAAUCAUAGAAAUAUUUUAUAACGCAUUCGUAAUGAAUAAAUCUGUUUUCUAAGAUUGUGAUAUAUUAACGAAAGACCAUUUUGUGUAGUGAGUGAUCAUCUUCUUGCCGACUGUCAGGAAAAGAAAAAAAGGAUCGCUUUGAACAUUGACACGAAGAUGUUGAAGAUUGGAUUCAUAGGAGGUGGCAAAAUGGCUCAGGCUUUAGCCAGAGGUUUCAUUCGGGCUGGAAAUAGGCUCAAAUACUGUAUUUUCCAACGCACCUGUAGUUGAUUAUGGUGACGUUUUGAUUUUAUCAGUGAAACCCCAAGUGGUUCCGAUGAUUCUUCCAGACUUAAAAAAUUAUAAAAAACUUUUACUUUCUAUUGCUAUGGGUGUUCCAUUAGCGUCUUUAGAAAAGGCUUUACCAGAGGGAGCACCGGUAAUUAGAGUAAUGCCCAAUACACCCGCCCUUGUAGGUUGUGGUGCAACGGUAUAUGCCCGCGGAAAACAUGCUGGCGAUAAAGAAGCUGAAAUAGCAGAGAAAUUAUUUUCCUCUGUGGGUUUAUGCGAAGAAGUAUCUGAAAAUUUAAUUGACCCCGUUACGGCCUUAGCAGGUUCAGGUCCUGCAUAUGUAUAUAUGAUGAUAGAAGCUUUAGCCGAUGGAGGUGUCAAAAUGGGUCUCAUGAGACCAAUCGCAUAUAAGUUAGCUGCACAAACAGUUCUUGGAGCUGGUACUAUGGUUCGAGAUACGAAUACACAUCCAGGACAACUUAAAGAUGACGUAGCGUCGCCAGCAGGAUCUACGAUAACUGGAAUACAUUAUCUAGAAGAUCACGGACUAAGGUCAGCCAUAAUAGGAGCAGUUGAAGCAGCAGCGAAGCGAUGCAAGGAAGUUAGUUCACUUAGUUCAGAGAAAAAUUAAAUUGAUUGAAAUAAAAUUUACAUGGUAAUAGUUUAAAAAAAAAAAGAACCUAACCAGGAAAAUAGAAAAGUAUUGCUGUAAUUAUUAAUAUCGUAGAAAAGAAAGUAAACCAUAGUAAUACUGCAUAAUUUCAUAAUUGUCAUGUUUUAUAAGAAAUAUGUAAUUUUUUGAAGAAUAUUUUGUAUAUUUUGUACAUAAUUCUUUUAAACUGGUAAAUGUAAAAAUUAUUGUUGUACCUUUAAAGUGCAACGCUUAAAAGUAGAUCUGUUAUUUUUUCACGGUAGCAUAUUUUAUAAUGAAAGUGUGUAAAAAUAUAUGUGACAUUGUUAUGUUUAUGUUUUUAACGUAAAUGUUCUAAAUUUCUUAGUAACAUUUUUUAUGAAAUGUAGAAAUUUUUUAUGAAAACUACAGAAAGUGUAAUACAAAAUAUAAUUUUUAUACUACGAUAUAUGUAAAAUCAUUCUAUUUCAUUAUUUUGAAACAAAACAUAGCAGCUAUAUUUAAUCUAAAAUCUGGAUAUUUCUUUUCUGCGCAAUCUAUCGAAUCUGUUGAAAUGACUCAAUAUGUUCUUGUAUCCUGUCCUUGAAAUUUUUCACUGCAAUACAUUUAAAACGAACUUUUAUAAUUUUUGCUAAUACUAUACUUUAUAAUUUCUUUCUUCUAAAUUUAAUUUGAUUUACCUUUGACAAUUAUGCAAUAAAAUUCCUUAGUCUAGCAAUAUAAUUCCUUAUUCAAUUUUUAAAAAUAUUUACUUUAGUUUGUACAUAUUGAAAGUACUAAAUAUUUUUUUUACAAUCUUUCAUAUUUCCAUUUGGUUUAAAGUUCAACUCUGUUUCAUGUUAUAAAAUAAAUACUAUCACCUCAUUUAUAAAGAAAAAAAAAAGAAAAUUCGUUACGAGAUGGCAAUAAAUAUUUAUUAGUUAUUAAUGAGUUUGCUAAUAAAUUGCUAACGUAAGUUGUAUAAUUGUACAUAACCUUGGUCAUUUCGUAUUUUAUACAAAGAGAAAAAUUAGAAAAAUUACAUUGAUGAUGAUGAACAACAUGUGAUGUAUAUAAAUAAUAUAAAUUAAAAUAGAGAAAAAUUAUUUGAAUCGAGAAUUAUAUGAAUUAAAUUAAUUAAAUUAUAUUAAAUUGAAACAAAUAUAUAAAAACUAAUUAACUAAUUAAUUAAUAUAUAAAAGCUAAAAUUAU